AUGGCAAAUCCAUUUCUGGCAUCGCAAUGCCGCCUCGAACCCAUCAAUCUCAAUGAGCCCGACCAAUUCAGCGAAAUGGAGCGCCAACGCCUCGUCUGCGGCUGGGACCACGAACCCUCGAAGAUCGAGAAAUGGAAACUCAAACAAAACGAAGGCCUGAAAAGUUUCUUCUGGAUUAUCAUUCCCAAUCCCAAUCCCAAAGCCAAUCUCAACUCCGACUCCGACUCUGAUACCAUCGAAAAUCCCCCCACAAUCCGCAUCGGCCACAUCUCCCUCGACGCCUACAGCGACCCACCAGACCCGGAACUCUCGCGCGCUGAUAAAUCCAUUCUCGCCAUCCAGACCUUCUUCGUACUUCCUGAAUACCGGUCCCUGCGGGUCGGGGCGCACGCUCUGGCUCUGGUCGAGGAAUUGGCGGUUCGCGAACCGAAUUGUCGGGUCAUUGCGUUGACGGCACUGAGUAAACGGUAUAUGUAUGAAGAGGGACCAGAGGGACGGGGUCUCUGGGAGAGAAUUGGAGAUGAGAUGCCGCCUGGGAGUAUUCAGGAGUGGUAUGAGCAGAAGGGGUAUGUGGCGUGGAAGGAGGAGCCGAGGUAUGAGAAGGAGUUGGUGAAUGGGGGGACGUAUUGGUUGAGGGAGACGUUUAUGAGGAAGGUUUUAAAGUAG